AUGUCGUCGCUACUUGAUGAGAAAGCCAUGGAUCAGCUACAGUCUCAACAGUCAGAGUUGCUUGACAAAAUUGAUGAGUUGCGCGCUAUGGGGGUUGGAGGGCUCGUAGAGUUGCCUCAAAUCGUUGUCUGUGGCAGUCAGUCCAGCGGCAAAAGCUCCGUACUGGAGGCCAUCUCCAGAGUGCGAUUUCCAACUAAGAGCAAUCUUUGCACUCGGUUCGCGACCGAGUUUGUUCUUCGUCGGGCCUCUGAAAUCCGCAUCAAAGUAUCCAUUGAUCCCGGUGACUCCAGGAGCGACGUGGAGGAGCAACAAAAACUCCAGGCGUUCAGCUCAGAGGAAAGGGAUAUGAGUCCGGAGACCUUUUCCUCCAGCGCCAAGUUCAAAACGUUGAUAGAUCGCGCGAGAGAAUGCAUGGGACUCUCCAGUGUGAACUCUGAGUUUAGUGACGAUGUGCUUAAAAUCGAAAUCUCGGGACCGGAACAGCCGGAGCUGACUCUGGUGGACCUUCCGGGUCUGUACUACUCCACCAGUAGUGAGCAAAGUGCUGAAGGGAAAGCCCUGGUUGAGAGGCUGACCGAAAGGUACAUGAAACGCUCCCGAAGCAUUAUUCUUGCUGUCAUCAGUGCCAAGAACGACUACCACAAUCAGAAUAUCUUGAAUAUAGCGCAGCGGUUUGAUCCCAAUUAUGAGAGAGUUCUGGGAAUUGUCACGCAACCUGAUACCGCUGAAGCCGGUUCGGAGCAGGAGGAAACAUAUUUGCAGUUUAUUCAAAACAAGAAAGUCAAGCUACAGCUCGGAUGGCAUGUGUUGCGCAACCGGUCCUUCGAAAAGCGAAAUAUUUCCGAUGAUGCACGAGAUGCUCAGGAGAAAAGUUUCUUUGAGAACGGAAAAUGGGCAUCCCUUUCAAGAAAUCAAGUUGGCAUCGAGGCUCUAAGGACUCGCCUUAGCAAGAUUUUGCUCCGCCAUAUCAGCCGGAAUCUUCCUGGCCUCAUCAUGGACAUUCAAGAAAGAAUAUUACGCAACGAGAAAGCACUCCGAAAAAUGGGCGACCCGCGAGCAACGGUUCAGGACCAACGUCAGUUUCUCGUUGGGAUUAGCAGCAGAUUUGCACGUAUCAUAAAUCAGGCCUUGAAUGGAUCCUACACCGAUGACUUUUUCGGUGGAUUCAAGGAGGGAAUUGCCAACACAGAUGAGUUCUAUUUUCGCCGACUACGUGCAGUCAUUCGUGAGCUUAAUGAACAUUUUGCGGAAGCAAUGAGUAUCGGCGGAUGUCGGCGAAUGAUUGUAUUCGAUGGACUGCCAGUACCAGGUGUGGAUAUUGAGCUUGAGAGGUCCAAGCCUUACAUGCAUGAUUGGACGCCUCAAUAUGUGCUUCAAUCCACCCUGGAGGAAGAAAUCAAAGAGCAGGCGCUGAAAAGUCGAGGAAUCGAACUACCCGGUAGCGCAAACCCGCUGCUUGUAGGUAGUUUAUUCCGGGAUCAGUGUGAACCUUGGGAAACGAUUGCUGAAUCUCAUGUGUUGAAAGCGUGGGACUCGGUGCAAUACUUUGUCCAACUGGUGCUGAAAUACCUUACGGACGACCAUACCCGCCCUUUACUAAUUCGCCAUCUUAUCGGGCCGGAGUUAGAGAAGAUGAAAGAUUCUCUCUUCGAAAAGCUUAGCGAACUGGUCCUGAAAUCUAGGACGAACCGGCAAGUGGCUAUGUUGAAGCGGAAUCUCGGCUUAACUGGAUUGUUUUUCGGAGACAAUAACCAAAAGACUUUCAGUGCUUCAGAUUUAGAAAGAGCAGCCUCUCAGCUCCAGUCAUCUAAUGAUCAGUUUGGAACAGCUGAGAUCAUCGACCAAAUGCUGGCCUACUACGAGACUGCAAUUAUCACCUUUGUCGACAAUGUUACCAUAUUGGCCAUUGAAAAUCGCCUUCUCUGCACGCUGGAGCAUAUUUUCACCAGCAGAACUGUAGUUGGCAUGGAUGAUCACCAAAUUGAAGAAAUUGCAGCUGAACCUCUGGGCAUUCAAGUCGAGCGCAAACGGCUGAAUGAAGAACUCAAUAAACUACGCAAAGCAAAGCGUACUUUGAAUGCCUUCAGUGUGGACGAACAAUCGCUACGAAGUCCUCCUACCUUAGCACAGACGACCCAUCGAGCCCUGACCCAUACAUCAGCACCUAAACCCAAGGAUGUUCGACCUGCAGUGGCAUCUUCGGCCAGUGGUGUAAAGUCGAACAAACAGGCUGCUUCCUUUUCUCAUAGUGGCUCGGCGGAGAAAUUCCAGCAAAGGCCAAGCAUUGGCUUAUUUGGGCAACCUACGACUGGCACCCCAUUGUUCGGUCCACCGCAAACAAUAAAUGAUUCCCACAGGAACGGUUCUCAGUUCGGAGGAAAUGGUACAUCGAGCCAGAACGGCCAAGUCUCCGGUUCGUCGUCGUCUCCAUUGGGAAGUUCCAUCCACUCAACUCCUACGAAGAACCAGAAUCACCACUUUGACGCUGCAAAGCCGCCGACAACGUUCGGACCCGCGUUGGGGUACUGUGAGAAAGAUCCCGUUACAAGGGUAACCAAUUGCUAUCAAAGCAUUUGCACUAUUCAUCCAUAUAGCGGAUAUUCUCCAGAGGAGCUUCGAUUCGGGGACUACACACGAAGAAACAACGGCAUUCUGGGUCACCAUUUGGCUUAUUGA